AGAGUGCCGGGAAAUACAGCAGAGGAAGGACAGCAGCGUCUUGUCAGUGUCAUGGAAAAAUGUUCUGAGUGUUUGCAUAGCGUAUCUUAAGAACAAAACAAACAAACAAAAAAACGGAAAAACUACAAAAAACAUCUUUACAGGUGACGCUUGGACAAUGUUUUUGAGUCACUGAUUUUUGGGGGGCAUCUCUCCUUUUUUUUUGGUGUCUUCUCAUCUUUGAUUCCAGUACUGUACAUUUGUUGUUGCAUGAACUGAUGAAGACUGCUCGGAUGAGAGGCGAACCGUCUUCUAAGACAACCAGAACAGUCCAGUUGUGAUCUAUUCAAUGCCCUGAGAAGGGCGCCGCGCCUCGUCUCCUCUGGCAAUGAAGUUCAACCUUUUCAGGAAGCCGCAGCCGGUGGCCCCUGCCGAGCCCACCGGAGCUACCACCAUCGCCAGUAUGGCCCCCACCCCGGCCGCCAUCUCCACGGUGGCCGAAAACUCUGGCAACAACACGGAGAUCAGCAAGAACGACAUGUUUGAGGAGAUCAAGAGCAAGUUCUUGAAUGAAAUCGACAAAAUCCCACUGCCCCCGUGGGCUUUGAUCGCCAUCGCAGUGGUGGCUGCUCUGCUGGUCCUCACCUGCUGCUUCUGCAUCAUCAAGAAGUGCUGCUGCAAGAAGAAGAAGAACAAGAAAGGCAAGAAGGGCAAGGACGGCUUCAACAUGAAGAACAUGGAGGGUGGUGAGAAACCACAGGAUGAAGACGACGAUGAGGGAGAGACCGGGCUCACGGAAGAGGAGAAGGAGGAAGAGGAGAAGGAACAAGAGAAGCUGGGCAAGCUGCAAUAUUCCAUCGACUAUGACUUUGAGAACACAAAGCUCACAGUCGGGAUCCUUCAAGCGGCAGAACUCAUGUCCAUGGAUUCGGGCGGGACUUCUGAUCCAUAUGUUCGAGUUCUGCUCUUCCCCGACAAGAAGAAGAAGUUUGACACCAAAGUCCACAAGAAAACGCUCAACCCCGUCUUUAAUGAGACCUUUGUCUUCAAGGUGCCCUACGAAGAGCUCGGUGGCAAAACUUUGGUGAUGUCCGUUUUCGACUACGAUCGCUUCUCCAAGCACGACGUCAUCGGCGAGGUGAAGCUGCCCAUGAACACCAUCGACCUCGGGCGUCCCAUCGAGGAGUGGCGGGACCUGGAGAGCGCCGAUCAAGAGGAGCCUGAGAAACUGGGGGACAUCUGCAUCUCCCUGCGUUACGUCCCCACUGCCGGGAAACUCACUGUCUGCAUACUGGAGGCCAAGAACCUGAAAAAGAUGGAUGCCUGUGGAUUAUCCGACCCAUAUGUGAAGAUCCAGCUGCUGCAGGGGGGUAAGCGUCUGAAGAAGAAGAAGACAACGGUGAAAAAGAACACCCUUAACCCAUACUACAAUGAAUCAUUCAGCUUUGAAAUCCCACUGGAACAGAUGCAGAAAAUCCUCGUGGCCGUUACGGUAUUCGACUACGACAAGAUCGGCAAGAACGACGCAAUCGGCAAGAUCUUUGUGGGCAGCAAGGCCACCGGGCUAGGUCUUAAGCACUGGUCCGACAUGCUGGCCAACCCACGCCGCCCCAUUGCCCAGUGGCACCCUUUGCAACCGGAGGAGGACAUCGACGGUCAGCUUGCCUCCUUGGCAGCCAAGAAGUAACCUGGAAAGCCAACUAACCAUUGAAGCCCUUCGUUCAAUUACUGAAACCUUGCAUGACCUAACCCAACUUGUCAGGAAAGCUGCUCAGCAAAAGACUCAGUAGAAUAGAUUCAGUUUGGGUUUCAAGGCAUCCCAUCUCGCAUAUUAGUGUCUGCUUACCGAGUGACCUGACUUGAUUUUCUUUCAAGAUUCUUCUAGACUGAAGUCUGAGCUGAAUUAAAGCUUGGUUUUAGUUA